AUGUUGCAGGAUGUUACACAAGCAGUAGAGAGCGCAAUUCAGUGCCUUCUGACUGCCCCCAGCAGCACAGAUCCACACACACCUCCCAGAAGAGUCUUCACAGUCAUAGACAACACCCCCAAGGCCCCUUCUGGCUCAGGCAGCUCAGGCAACAAGGACUUCUUAGUCCCUAUCAAGGAUGAGCCUGACCCAAAGGAAAAAAGGGUCAAAUUGGAGUCACCAGAACCACCUAAAAUGACCCCAAACACCUCCUGGGCAAUCCCACACACCCAGGAACACCUUGACCUUAACCCAUAUUCCCUAAGCAAAGGAUAUCUAUCAGCGCAACCAGGAGAAACAGAUGAAGAAAAGGAGGCAAGAACGCUACACAACAUUGCUACCAUCAUGGGCAGAGCCUUAUCUGUCCCACUCCAGAGCACCUUCAGGGGACUGUCCCAAACUCCUGGCCCAGCCCAAGCAAAAUCCAAAAUCCCUGCUCCUGAGAAGUAUGAUGGCAAGAAGGGCCCUGCAGCCAAAUCAUUUAUCCUGGAUUGCAAAACCUACUUCCUUAGCAAUGCUUCCUCAUUCCCUUCUGAUCACAAGAAGCUGCUGAAUGGGGAUGACAAGCCAACCUUGGAAUCCUGGAAUUCCUUUGAAGCAGCAUUCUUGUGCAACUGGAGCAAUCCAGCAGCAGCACAAAUUGCAGAACAACGCCUGCAUGAGCUCAAGCAGCUGAAAUCAGCAAGCAAUUAUGCCACAGAGAUUAGAAUCAUAGCCAGCAAACUAGAAUGGUUAGACCCCACCCUCAUUGCCUCCUUCUGCCAGGGGCUCAAGGCAGAAGUCAGAAGCAAGCUAACUGAGUACACCCUGCACAAGAACAUCACUGAACUGGACAAGUUCAUUUCUACUGCCUGUCUAAUUGAUGAUACGUUGUUUGAAGCGCGCAAGGAGCUAAGAAAAGAUAGCAACAGCAGCACCAGCUCACCACAACGCCCAGCUCAAGGGCACUCAAGCAAUUUUGUUUCCAAGAAGAUUCAGGAAGCAAGAAUAAAUGCUGGAGAAUGUUCCAAGUGUGGGGAGAAAUCUCACAAAUGGGAGGACUGCAAGAAUGGAUGGCGCCUCAAAACAAUAGAACGCUCUAAGCCUGAAUCAGGAAAGGCUGCAGAAGUAGAAGAGCUGGAAUCACUUCCCCAAGCAGGAAAAGUCUAA